GUCAGACCGGAUGUCUCGGUGGAUCUGGUGGUGUGCUAACGGCUAACAGCUAGUUAACAGUGAUUAACUAACUAACCUUCUGGUUAUGACCAGACGGACGGACCGAAGGUGAGGAGAACGCAUGGUUUCACCUUUCGCUCAUGUUGGUGCUCAGCUGAAGAAGUUUCUGGAAGCCGGUCGUGCACGCGCACAGUCUCCAUGGCUACGGACGAGUUCUACGAGGUGACGCGAGUCAAUGCUAACAUGCUAACGGUGGAGAGGAUUGUCGAUAAGAGGACGAAUAAGAAGGGGAAGGUGGAGUACCUGGUCAGGUGGAGAGGUUAUGGUUCAGAGGAGGACACCUGGGAGCCUGAGAGCCACCUAUCCACCUGUAUGAUCUACGUCCAUGAGUUUAACCGCAAGUACCCUGAACGGCAGAGAGAAAACACGUUGCUGCGUUCCACCCGCAGCUCCCCCAGCCUCCAUUGUAGCUCCACCCACAGACCACUCUGCAGGCCGCCACCCACCACCGCAGUUCGCAGUGACAUCAGUGGAGGUUCAACUGGAGACUGUAACCAGGUGAAACCUCCUGUCAUCCCAUUCAGCAGUGGCCUGAUGUCGGCAGCUCCAGCCAGCUCUGCCCGCCGCAGUGUGGAUCUGUCCAAGACUGGAAUCAAGAUUCUGGUUCCCAAGAGUCCCAUGAACAGCCGUCUGGACUCGGAGGAAUCUCCCAGUGAGGCAGCCCACAGCUUGGAGGCUGGAGCUCAUGAAGCUCACCUGGUCCCACCUGAGGUUGCCCUGCUGGAGAAACCCACGGGAGUCCAGCUGGGGCCUGGAGAGGAGAGGGCACGCAUGGGAACCAGACCCCGUACCCAGAACCCCCUGCCCCCAUCCCGAGUGCCCAUCACUCCUGCUGCCGUGCGCUCCCUCAGCGGUGCAGGUAACUCGGUGGUAACGGAGGCUGUCGUGGCCAACAUGAUGUCAGGUGUGCAGAGUGCUGUUGCCGGGGCAACCGUUACAACAGGGAAACGUCGUCUGGAGGAACGUUCUGCUUUUGAUAAACGUCUGAGGUUCAGUGUUCGACAGACAGAGAGCGCUUAUCGUUAUCGCGACAUUGUGGUGAAGAAACAGGAUGGGUUCACUCACAUCCUGCUAUCUACCAAGAGCUCUGACAACAACACGCUCAACCCUGAGGUGAUGAAAGAGAUCCAGAGCGCCAUGGCAACGGCAGCCUCUGAUGACAGUAAGCUGGUGUUGCUCAGUGCUGUCGGCAGUGUCUUCUGCUGCGGUCUUGACUUUCUGUAUUUUAUCAGACGCCUGACAGAUGACAGGAAGAAGGAGAGUAUCAAGAUGGCUGAAACCAUCAGGACCUUUGUCAACACCUUCAUCCAGUUCAGGAAGCCAAUCGUGGCGGCAGUGAAUGGGCCCGCACUGGGCCUCGGUGCUGCCAUCCUGCCACUCUGCGAUGUGGUGUGGGCCAAUGAGAAGGCCUGGUUCCAGACACCAUACAUGUCCUAUGGCCAGACACCCGACGCUUGCUCAUCCUUCACCUUUCCCCGCAUCAUGGGCCUCGCUUCGGCUAACGAGCUGCUGCUGAGCGGCAGGAAAUUGACGGCUCAGGAGGCAUGUUCUAAGGGUUUGGUGUCUCAGGUUCUGUGGCCAGGAACCUUCACACAGGAAGUGAUGCUGCGAAUCAAAGAGCUGGUGGCAGUUGACUCCCUGAUUCUGCGGGAGUCCAAAGCCCUGAUGAGGAACACCAGCCGCAGUGCCUUGGAGCAGGCCAAUGAGCGCGAGUGUGAAGCCCUGAAGAGAGUCUGGGGCUCCUCACAGGGAACAGACUCCAUCCUGCAGUACUUGCAGAGGAGAACCGAGCUCUGCUAGGACAUGUACCUGGACUGGUCUGAUGACGCCACCUUUUUGAGCUGGCAGCAGACUCAGCAGAUUUGACACAAAACAGAGACUGCUUCCUUCUUUUGAUGUUUAACUUUGACUUGUACUUUCAGCAGAAUGUUGAGAGAACAUUUGACAUUUCAGUCCUCUGGUUCUGUUCACAAUCACAGGUUUCGGGUGUUUCAGAUGGAUAUCAUUUUCCUCCCUCUGUCCUGAGGAUAGGACCAGGAUGAUGAAUUCUUGUUCAAUAGAGAAUGUGAAGGUAUGUCACACCGUGUUGAAGGCUGGGACAGGGGCGCCAUUUUGGGAGAUACACACUGUAUUUACCUGGAUACAUUCUUGUUUUGUUUGGCUUAAAAGUUGCUAAAGUCAUUUAGAUUUCACUUUACUGACGGUGGUAAUUUAGAAUAGAUAACCUUAGCUGACUGUAGUCGACUCGUAGUGGACCUAGAGAUCUACGGGAGCAACAGACUGAAAAAUGACUCUACACCCUGGUUUGACGGGAGUUGAUGCUAGCGAGCAGCUGUCAGCAGAUGACUCAGACACUGCAGAUGAAUCCAUUUCUGUCCUGUCUGUGCUCAGACCAAACACUGAAUUGGACAUAGUUGAACCAUCAUUUACUGUAUGUAGCUGUAUGGGAUCGUAUUUAUUUUCUAACUUACACAUGUAUGUAGCAUGUAUCUCUACAAUGGAUAAUGACGACUCAACUCCCAAAAUGGCACAUUUACCUAAAAUUCAACACAGCGAGAUGACAACUUCACGUUCUCUACGAACAAGAUGCCCCCCCCCCCCAUUUCGAGUGUUUGAGCCAUGCUAGGCUAGCAUUCCCCCCCACUUCCAGUCUUUAUGCUAAGGCUAGGUGUGUGUGUGUGUGUGUACUGGUAUAGAUGAAAGUAAAAGUUCAGACUGACAGAAAACAGGAGGAUCUGUGUUAAUGUUGAAUCGUUACUUUAAAUGGAGGCUGACCGCCGACCAUCACCCAGAAUUCCCUCUGAUGACUGAACAUGUUGGCAUUAACAGGAGUAGAUGCUGACCUUUGACCUUCACGUUACCACUAGCGGACUGGGUCGCUUUUUCUAAUCUGGAUAUAAACCUGCAGCGCCAUCUUCGCUAACAGGUAAACCAUCAGCCUGCAGGGGGUGCUGACAUGGCAUCAUGCUGGCUAAAUAUUACUCCAGCAGUGUGAGACUGAUGGAUUAUGGGCAAAUAUGGACACUUCAAACAGCAGUUUGUGGGAGUUCCUUGUCAUGUGAUCACGUGUCCAGGCCAGCUGACUGGAUUUCCCAAGCGUUUCCCAAAUUAAACAUGAUUUCUGUCAUGUGAAUACAUCUUUUAUCCUACUGGCACCAGCUAGUUAAUAUAGCAUAAAGACUACAAAAUCUUUGUUUCCAGCCUUUAUGCUAAGCUAACUAGCUACUGGUUGUAGGCUGGUAUCAGUCUGAGCUCUAUACUCCUUUAAACUGUGUAUAGUUAUUCUCAAACAAUCCAAAACUAUGAGUUUUAACAACAGGAACUUUAUAACAAACUUCUUUUUGUACAAAAUCAGGCACAGAGAUUCAUUAAUAUAAAAACUAAAUAUUACAGAAACUCUGCUCACACAUUGUUUUCUGGUCUAAAUUUAGUGAUGAAAUGUAAGCAAUUAAUAAAUAUAAGCACUCUGACAAUUUAA